GAGAGAGAACGCAGACCUGUGGAAGGUGGUUCUGGGUCUGACCAACUUGGACCACCCCAGUCCUCACAGCCAGAGCCGAGGGGUUCGCUCCAUCAUCGUUCAUCCACGCUACAACCGGGCCGUGGUGGACUAUGACAUCAGUGUGGUUCAGCUGGACUCUGAGGUGGAUGAGACGGUCUAUGUCAGACCGGUGUGUCUGCCUCAACCUGGACAGCUGCCCUCACCAGACUCCUACUGUUACAUCACCGGCUGGGGUCACAUGGGCAACCGUAUGCCGUUCAAGCUGCAGGAGGGAGAGGUCCGAAUCAUCUCCAUGUCCCAGUGUCAGUCCUACUUCGACAUGAAGACCAUCACUCCCAGAAUGCUUUGUGCUGGAUAUGAAGCAGGAACAGUGGACUCCUGCAUGGGUGACAGCGGCGGCCCGUUAGUGUGUGAGGAGCAGGACGGAGCUCGGUGGACGCUGUUCGGUCUGACUUCGUGGGGCAGUGUGUGUUUCAGUAAAGUUCUUGGACCUGGAGUUUACAGCAACGUCACUCACUUCACCCCCUGGAUCCAGCAGCAGAUCUACAUCCACACCUACCUGACAGACUGACUCCGCCCCCUCACGCUUCUCUAAGCACCCGGUCAUUCCUGGAGGAAGUGAUGUCACGUCAGUAAUAACUCACUUCAGCUCCUCCUGUGCCUAAAACUGUUCCAAGAGCCUCUGAAGCUAACAGCUGAGAGAUAAAACUACAAACACUGACAGGAAGUUGAUAUAUGAGCUGAAAGAUAAAACUACAAACACUGACAGGAAGUUGAUGUAUGAGCUGAAAGAUAAAACUACAAAUACUGACAGGAAGUUGAUGUAUGAGCUGAAAUAUAAAACUACAAAUACUGACAGGAAGUUGAUGUAUGAGCUGAAAUAUAAAACUACAAAUACUGACAGGAAGUUGAUGUAUGAACUGAAA